AUGGAGGACGGGACCCCCCAACAAGUGCACCCCCUGAGGCUGCCCCCCUGUGAGCACGGACGAUUGCAUAAGCUAAGUGCAUCCCACCAGCCCCUCGACCUGCUGUCUGGAACCUUCUCCAUGGCCCUCUGCGGGGACCCCGGCCGCCCGCUGAUGCAACCACCGGCCGUGGUGUUUUGCUGCAGUAGCCAAGCAGACUUUGCCAGGGUAGGCACUCUGCCUCAGCUUUCCCGGCGUCGGGACAGCGGUGCCCACGGCCCCUGCACGGCCGCGUGGAGCCAGCGUGGCAGCCCUGCCCCCACCUCCGCCACCUGCUGGGGACGGCACAGGAGAAGCAGGAAGGCAGUGCGUCCCCUCCCGGCUCGCCCAGCAGGGGACAGCCCGCUGGCCCUGCCCCGGGGCCGGGGCGCUCACACAGCGUGGUCUGGGCUCCCGGAGCACGCGUGUGGGCUGUCGGCUCGAGAACAGACAUGGUCCACACGGGCAGGUGCCGUUUGCUGGAAGCACGGAACGAGAAGAGGCAGGGGGCGGGACACGCGCGGGCGCCUGCCUCCGGUCUCAGCCCAGCCCUCCCCCAGGCUGCUCUCAGACCCCAGCCCGUGGCUUCCUGCUGCCCUCACCACUGCCCCUCCCCCCAGGACCUCCCACUCCCGGGCCAAGGCCGAGGCGGCCCUCACAGCGGCUCAGAAGGCCCAGGAGGAAGCACGGAUCGCCAGGAUCACUGCCAAAGAGUUCUCCCCCUCCUUCCAGCACCGGGAGAACGGGCUGGAGUGCCAGCGACCCAAGCAUCAGCUCUCCUGCGAGGAGGACAUCGAGGUGCUGUCGGCCGGGGCGCCCCUGCAGCAGGAGAGCCCCGGGCUGUACCGCAAGGGCACCACCCCUUCCGACCUGACCCCGGACGACAGCCCCCUGCAGAGCUUCCCCGCCAGCCCCGCGGCCACCCCGCCCCCGGCCCCCGCCUCCAGGAACAAGGUGGCCCACUUCUCCCGGCAGGUGUCGGUGGACGAGGAGCGAGGCGGGGACAUCCAGGUGCUCCUGGAGGGCCGGGGAGGGGACUACGCCCGCGGCGGCUGGGGCGAGGAGAAGGCCGGGGGCCCCCGGGGCGUGCGCGGCGGCGCCCUCCGCAGCAGCCAGCCCGCCGAGGACCUGCGCGCCCGGGGCUCGGGCCACAGGCAGCCCGGGAACCCCAAGCCCCGGGAGCGGCGGACGGAGUCCCCCCCCACGUUCUCGUGGACGCCCCACAGCGCGGCGGGCGGCAAGCUGCUGGAGCGGGACGAGGAGCGGCUGAGCAACUACAAGCUGGAGAUGAGGCCGCUGCUGAGGAUGCAGGCCCCGCCCCAGAGACGACGCUGCGGCCGGGGCGCCGCCGGGGAGCCCCGCCCCGACGACCGGGGCUUCGGGGUGCAGAGGCUGCGGCCCAAGCCCCAGAACAAAGAGAGCCUGAGGCCGGCCUCCGCCGCGGAGCCCACGGUGCAGAAACUGGAGAGCCUGCGGCUGGGCGCCCGGGCCGAGCCCCGGCUGCUGCGCUGGGACCUGACCUUCUCGCCGCCCCAGAAGUCCCUGCCUGUGGCGCUGGAGUCCGACGACGAGAACGGGGACGAGCUCAAGUCCAGCGCGGGCUCGGCGCCUGUCCUCGUGGCCAUGGUGAUCUUGCUCAACAUCGGAGUCGCCAUCCUGUUCAUCAACUUCUUCAUCUGAGGGGACCGCCGCGGCCAGGAGCCCGCCCCCCGCCGCCCGGGACGGCCCCGCGGACAGGACUGGGAUUACUCACAGUUUGCCUUCUUCCCUGGGUGAGGUGUUAGAUUUUAGCCAGGAGCCUUUGCCUAACACGGCGCUGUGCGGCGUGGCAGAGGCCGGCGCGCCAGCCUCCCACGUGGGGAGAGAAGGGCCCGGCCCCCAGCGGCGCGAGAGGCCGAGAGUCCCUGGCUCUGUUCUUCCUGGCCGGAGGCGGGCAGCAGGGUGUCCCAGCCCAGGCCUCGUCCGACUCUCAGUCCGCUGCGUCAGGAAGGGGAGCGAGCCCGCCUUCUCCCCUCGGCACUGCCCCUCGGCCCUCCUCGGAGCCGCCUCCCCACUCGGAGUCUUAAGCAAAGCCCUCGUCUCCCCACCGUCCACCGCCCUCGCCGCCCGCCCCUCCCCGCACCGCCGCCGCGCCUGGGCGCUGACGCCGAGGGGCUGCCGGGCACAGAGCCCACUGCGCUGCGGCCGGCGUGACAGCGCGUGGGCCCUGUGCUCCGUGUGCCGGACGUGUCCCGAUGCCCGGUUACUGACCUCCACGGGUUCUCACCUGUCUGUUCUGUGCCUGCCUCGACCCCCCCGACAGAUAUGCAUUGUGCCCCUGCUGCUCACAGAGGGUCUGGCCCAGGACGGCCCGAGACGCUGUUGCAUAUCAAGCCCUCCCCGGUGUACGGCGUUAGCUCGUUCAGUCCCUCGGAAACAGGUCCCCGUGUCUGCCUUCUCUGCAGGGCUGUCCCUCCAGCACACGAGAGACCAGGGGUGGGGCGCGCCUGGGUGCCGCGGCCCUCGUCCCUGUCAGGGCCGUGUGCGCGCCCGCCUGGGGGCCCUGGAGCCCUCCCGCCUCACGGACUCGGCCUUGCUUUGCUUAUGUUUAGCUGUUUCUCUGCUCCCUUUCGAGCGGAUUUCUUUACUACACUGCACUGGAUUGCUAUAUUUUUAACCAGAAAUAAACGAAAGAUUAGAGCAUG